CCUCACUCCCCAGCGACGCCCGCUGGUGGGCCCGGCGCUACCGAGAUAUAUCUCGAUGGCGCCGGCAAUCCUCAUACCUUUAUUACACCGAGCAACUCCGAUAAGCCUCUUGUUAUAAUGCAUCGAUGAUUCCGCGAUGGCUGUCGCCCUUGGAACCCGGAACAGAUACCGAGAUAUAAGGCUUUAUUCCCCGCUCCGCGGUGUAUAGGGGAUUUCCUUUUACAACUAAGUUAGAGAACUGGUGAUGGGUCGGAAAGACCUAUAUCAGGUAUGGAGAUGGCGCUCUUAGGAAUGAAACAUAUUGCUAAUUGAGAUCGCUUUAGCUCCCUGGUGAUAGACACCUUGGCGAUCACUGGUUCUGGUGUUGGUUGUCUAUACUGUGACUAUAGUACAAAUUGCGGCUGUUAUCUGAUUAGCACGGGGUAUGGCGUCGUUUCGGAAACCAUUUCGGAUAUAUUUCUACCUUAGGAGAGUGCCAACGAUCCAUCAGAGAAGAGAAAAGCUCAACAUGGCGCUCGUUGUUUUAUCCUGGGGGUGCAUACAGUGCAACCCUAGAAAGAAUAAAGCGGCAUGGAAGCUCUGAUGUGGAUUUCUCACACCGAGCGGCCGUCGUGGGCCAAUGAGCUAUGUCAUGCGCUAGCAUGCCUUGGGGGUAGAAAUAGGGUCGACAGAUUUUGACCCCCAUGAUGAUCCUUCGAUGGAGGCACUCUUGAGAUGCUACUUUGGGCUUGUCACUGUUGAUGUUUUCUGUUAAUGCUGCUGUUGAUGCUUCUUAUCAUCAACAGUCCGCCUCACACAUUUCACUCUGCAAGAAUAUCCUCCUACGACCAAUCCCUCGGGAGCUUGCUCGCUUGAAAAGUCUCAACUUUUAAAAAAAUUUAAUAAAGCUCCGUUCCCCCCCCUCCCCGACGAUUACAUCUCGAAUAUGCUUCCUGUUAUUCGACAAGGGUCAAACUAUUGUUUGACCGGGAAGAUGUCAAUCCAGGGUCCGCGGGCGGUGGUUGUGUUAUCACACCACUCUCCUGGGCUAUUGGGCUCGAGGGUAACUGAGUUGUUGCUUGACCGGGAAUUUUAUUCCCGGUUCAGUGGAUGCUUUUCUUUUUCAGACACCACUCCCUGAUACUGCUUGUAGCGGUCUUUCGGGAGCUGUCAAAUUGGAAACCCCUAUGUAAGCUUAAACAGUCUUACGUGGAGGUGGGUAGGAGGGACACUACUCCAUUGGGUUCCUAGGAAGCAAGUUGGAAAAUGUAGUGCCUGCCGCAGCGGUCACAAGUCGAAUGGACUCAAUGUACGGACCGAAUCUCAUCUCGACCCUCGAAUCCGAACAACGUCUACAGCGCCCCGGCGGGCUAGUGAAGGCUAGUGGGUUCCGCGAAAAUGAGUUCGCUUUCCCGCUUCUGUGUCUCUCAGGUUCUUGUUCAUCCGUUUGUCCCUUGGCACUGUCUUGAUAUUUAUAUCACAUUCUGUACCAUGGAAUUUCCUAGUAUUUUGAAAAUGUAUUUGUACGUUUCCAAAAUCCAAUCGAGAGCCGUAGGCGUAAAUAUAGGGAGGGGAUUGGUUAGGAAGUACCUAACGUUAUUAUAA